AUGAUAGCAACGUACAGUCAACCAUCUUCUUUUGCACAUCAACAUCAAAGUUCCGAAACAUUUGAAGAUAUCAAGAGUAAUAAUUCUUCAAAUCUUCAUGGAACUUUAAGCAUUGUUAAAAAUUGUGACAGUCCAUAUAACAAUUGUGCUAUUCAAGCAAGCUUGAGCGAACAACCUCCACAACACGUUCAACCAUCCACUGGGUCACGUCAACAAACUUUUGGCUCCUCGACAGUAAGGCAUUAUAAUAAUAAUAAUAUUCGAACAUCUUCUUCAUUAUCAUCGUCAAAUACGUCAACGAAUCGCAAUAACUUUAACGAUACUCAAAUUUUUACAACGGCUUCAACAACGACGGAGCAACAUCAGUUUUCAUUUGCAAAUUCUCGCAGUGGAUGCAACAACAAUAAUCGUUCAAAUUCCAAAAAUAUAAAUAUGUGUCAUAAUAUUGGCGGCUUGAAUUUAAAAGAAACUAAUGAUUGGACCAAAAAUAAUACAAAUGAUUCAACAGAAUUAAAAUAUUGUGAUAUUCUUUUCGAGAAUGUGGAUUUUCCUCCAAAAAAGUCUCAUUGUGCUGAUAAUAAUGAAAAUAAGGAUGAUGACUUAGAUGAUUCGAAAAAAGAUCCUUUGGGGACUUCAAAUUGGCGCCUUUAUACAAAGGCAAAAGAUGCUUUACCUAACGGAAUACGUCUUGAAAAUAUUACUUGGAGAAUGAUGUUUCUCGCUUCAAAAUCAAAGAAUUCUGAACGAACAAAGAAUAAUCUCCAAUCUCUUAAUGACUCGAAUGCGAUUAUUCCAACAAAUAUUUCUAUAUUAGGUGACACUUUCACAAGUAAUACUAAUAGACAAUAUAAAAAUUCUGUUAAGAAGUCCAACGUUAAUGACAUUUCUAUUCGAGACAAAAGUAUAAGUAGCCUGAAAGAUGCUGACAAUACGUUAUUAAGUUUAGAUAUGGAUAUGGAUGAUUCGCUUAACAAAAUUGACCAUCAUUUGAAUGUGGAUAUGGACCAAGAUGAUUACAAUUCAAUGCUUGAUGAUCACAUUCAUGCUCCCUUUGUGAUGUCUCCCACAGAUACUAGUGCGAGUAAUACGGAUGAUAAUCUUUCCGUCUAUAAUUCAACUCCUUCUCCUGUGCUCACAUCUUCUACUAUUCCGGCCAUCCCAAUUCCUGUGUCCUCUGCUUCAAACAACUAUAACCUUCCUUUAACAACGUCUCCUACGAAUUGUCCUUUUGAAUUCAUUACUUCUGAGGGACUUAGAUUUACAAGCCCACAAAAUUUAAAGAGGAAUUAUAUGAAUUUUCCUGGAAAACCUAUAAUGUAUACUCGUUCCUUUGCUAUUCCUGUACCUCGAUCUCAAAUUUUCAAUUCUACUGGUACUCAUGGAUUAAAUUCUAAAAAGACGACAUUAAAACCGCAUCAAAUCUUUCCAUCACCAAUAUCGAGUAUAACAAUACCGAGCGAUACUGCUGAUGACUCAGACGUGGAAUUACCUGAAUCAAUAUCUUCAUCAGCGACAACUGCAUCUACCAAUACACAGUAUACAUUAAAUACUUUCAAUCCCGCCUUUGAUCAAACAUCACUUGACUACCCUAGUUCCUUAAUAAGUUCAUCAGCACCAAUAUCACUUCC